GAUGUUGAGAUGUGACUUAUCAUGUAAGGGUGAAAAAAAUAGCCAUAAUGAAUUUAUUAUUUGGAUAGAGAAUCAUGAAAAUGAAAGAGAGUAAAUAAAAGUACAUCUUGAUGAAACAAUUAGUGAAAUCAAAGGUAAGAUAUUUAAUGGAAUUGAGCCUAAAAAAUCAUAAAUAUAUCAUAAGAGGAAUAAACUUCAGAAUUAAUAGACAAUUCGAUAAUGUGGAUUGAAAGAGAAUGAUAAGCUAUAUAUAAUUUAUGGAUAAAAUAUAAAAGAAUGAA